GCGCCGACUUCCGCACAGCAGCUCCUCCGGCGGACGAACCUUAACCUGGGCGGCUGCGGUCCUGCAGGGGCCCCGGACCGCCCACGGCCACAGAGCGAGGAAGACAACUCUGCGUCCCCAAAGACCGCCGGCAGGGAUCCUCACUGCACGCGAUGCAUGCGCCAGGGGGAGGAAUUUUACGUCAAGGAAUUCCCGGAAAAGCAAUGAAUAUGUAGAUGAACUGCAGGACUGUAUUGAACACGCGUGAGCUUGGCUUACAAACACGCUUCUGCUUUGCGGUACGCAGGGCAGGCAGAAGGAACCUCCCUCGCCUCCGGGGGGAUGCGCUGUGCUGAAAUAACCGCACCUGCGCCUAUAACUACUUUGUGCUGCUGGAGUCCGGUUCCGCAAGUCAGCACCGCUCAGCCCGCGGCCGCCAGGAGCCCCGCACUGCAGGCCGGGCCGCGGCCACCGCAACGUGGGGGCCUUGUGGAUCCAUUCUGAGAGGUUUGGGGGCCGUUCCGAUGCCUUUUGAGCCAUUCCAGGGCCAUUUGUGUCCGUUUGGAACCGUUGCGCAUCAGUUUGGGUCACUUUGAGGCAGUUUUGGUCUAUUAGGUCUGAUCUGGGGGCACUGUGGGGUUGUUUGCAUCUGUUUUGAGUCCAUUCGGUGCCACUUGUGUGCAUUUGGGGCAGCGUGUCCCCACUUCUGGGCUGUCUGUGUCCAUUUGGGGCCAUUUGUGGCUCAUUUGGUGCAGCUGAAGUCCGUGUGGAUCUUUCAGCUUUGCAUGCUGACAAGGCAUUCCUUUGCUUUUAAGCCCUUCUAAUACUUAAAGUCCCACUCAGCGUCUCCUCUCUCCCUCCCGCCCGCUCUCCCAGCUCCCAGAACAGGACAGGCAGAUCUCAGCUCCACCAUCCAACACGAUGGCAGCAGCAGAGCAACAAUCAGAUAUGCCGCAGCGGGAAGCAAUGCUGCAUUUCUCAGCAGAAGAAAACCAACGAUCAGAAAGGGGCUGCAAAUGGAACGUGGGCAGAAGGAAAACCGCCCUUUUGCUCUUUGUGAGCGGAGUGCUGGUGGGCGUCAUCGCAGCGCUGGUGUUUGGGAGAGUGCUCCAGCACUGUGAGUUGUGCUCACCUCGCACAGGCUUCUCCCACGUCUGCCCCAACGCCUGGCUCGGUUUCCAAGGGAAAUGCUUUUAUUUCUCGGACAACGAGAGUGACUGGAACAGCAGCAGGGAGCAGUGCCAGCGCCUCGGAGCUUCCCUGGCCACCGUGGACACGGAGGAGGAGAGGGUUUUCAUGCUGCGGUACCUGGGCCCGGCAAACUGUUGGAUUGGGCUGCACAGGGCAGAAGGGGACGAGCACUGGACAUGGGCCAACGGCAGCACCUUCACCAACUGGUUCCAGCUGCGAGGCGGAGGCCGAUGUGCGUACCUGAAUGGGGACAGGAUCAGCUCAGCCCUCUGCCACACUGAGAAGCUGUGGGUGUGCAGCAGAGCCGACAGCUUCGUCCUCUGGAAGCAGAAGGCGUUCCCAGAUUAACCAAUCCUAUCAGCUUUAAAGUCAUUGCAAGGCUGCUGGCCACAGCAAAGCCAUCAGAAAAUCCUUCCAUCUGCCUUUUUCCAUCACUCCUGCGCUUAACUCUGCGUGUAACAAUGCAGCUGUUGCUGCUCAUCUCUUGGGACAGUGAUGUAAUUCCCUGUUCCUUAAGAACUGUCAGUUGGUAGAAACUGGUUGGGUUAGAAGUGGCCUUAAAGAUCUCACCAUGCUGAGAUGGAUGCGUCGGAAGGGUCGGGAUCUCUCCUCCUAAUGCCCUUCUGUAUGACGUGGGAGCAGUGCAGUGUGAGCACAGCGCUGAGCAGUGUUCCAUCCCGUGGUGCUGACCCGCUGUUGGCUGGAUCUGAGGAUGGAGGUAUUUCCCUCCUUUUGGGUUUCUCUGUUUCUCUCCGUGCCACCACCGUGGCACACAGCGGUGUGUAAGAUACUCUGUUAACAUCAGUGUCUCAAAGCUUGCUGGGGACACAGAUGGACUUGUCCGAGUCCAGGCAAGUCCUGGGCAAAGGUUGUGAAAUCCUUUCACAAAGUCUGGA